GGCAUAUAAAGAGCUUCCUGAGGCACAGCCUCUCAGUACGAUUUUGUUCUUGGCCGAAGUUCUACAUCACCGGGGUUUGAUCGUCUGAAAUUUGCUUGACAACAAGACGAUGUUUAUGAUGCAAUGGAAAACAACCUUAGUAGUGACAAUGGUAUUACUCAUGAAUUUCGAGAAGGUUUCUGCUUUCCCAAAAUCUCAGAUUCUAUGGUUUGAUGUCGGACCACAAAUUCGUAACUGUCGAGAUGUACAAAGACAAGGCAACACCACUAGUGGAAUCUACAUGAUUUUUCCUUACAAAUGUUGUCCUGAUGUCCCUCUUCAGGUCUUCUGUGAUAUGGAGACAGAUGGAGGUGGAUGGGCGGUCAUUCAACGUCGGGUUGACAUCGAACCAAGAGAAGACUUCUAUCGCACCUGGAUGGAAUAUGCACUUGGCUUUGGUAACCUGAAGGGAGAAUUCUGGUUAGGAAAUGACAACAUCCACGCCUUAACAGAUCAGACACUGAAUGAAAUAAGAUUUGAUUUAGCUGACUUUAAGGACAAUAAACGAUGGGCCAAUUACAAGUUCUUCUAUGUCCACGACCGAAGUACGUCUUACAAACUGGAGGUUGUGGAAUUCAGUGGAGAUGCCGGCGAUUCCUUUACAAGUCACAGUGGAGCGAAGUUUUCGGCCAAAGACAUCGACAACAAUGGAAAUCCUGCAGAAGACUGUUCAGUUGUGUACAAAGGGGCCUGGUGGUACACGUCUUGCCAUGCAUCGAACCUUAAUGGGCAGUAUCUCUCUGGAAACCACACAUCUUAUGCCGAUGGGGUAAACUGGUCCGCAUGGCUUGGUUAUUACUACUCCCUUAAGAAAACAGAGAUGAAAAUUAGACCUGUUUAUUAAGACUAGUUUUCGUUUUGACAUUUUCAUCUUAUGGACACAUGGCUUAAUUAAACUACUUCCUUUAAUAUUCAUUUCGAUUAGCUCUUCUAACACGUAUGUGCUAAAGAACAAUAAUAUGGUGUAUGAAGACUAGUAGGUAUGAAUUUAAAAAAAAAAGUAUUCUUUUUAAUUUACUAAAAGUAAUGGAUAAAUAGCUUCUAGCAGACAGUUACACUGACAGAAUAAUAGCAAACGUUCUGUUAGAAUACUGAAGACAAAAAUAAUGUUACCCACCGUUUUCCAGAACCUGGAAUAUGUUACGAUGUAAAAGUUUACUUUUUUUCAAAUUGCACAAAAUAAAAUGUAUUAUUGCCUAUAAUAGUUAUGCUUAUUGCGAAAAUAAUAUGAUGACCUGGAAACAAUAUUUUGAUAAAGAAAAGACAGCCGAGUGGUCAAAUAUCGUCCGUGUUGCUUUCGAUUGUCGGGAGUUCUAGUCUCACCGGUGCUUGUCUUACAGUUCCUCUUCUGUGUUAUGGCAUAGAUUGAGUGAGCUGGAUAUUGGAAUCGAAUAAAAAUGUGCGCUUUUAUGAAUUACAAGCUGUGUCUGUAC